UGUUUACACACAAUAAGCUUUUAUAUGCAUGGUUUUAAUCGUUGCUGUUUGUUUAACCAAACCGUUGUUUACAAGAGGAACAAUAAUUAUAGACUGGUUAUCAUAGCAAGUACACAUUCUGUACUAAGGAGUGGAGCUGGUUUCGCGUUAGAGGGUGGAACAAUGGAAUAUAAGCAUAGCACUACACGACUUUACAAUGACCUGAACAAACUGUACUUUUGUUAGGAUGCGGCGCCUUUAAGCGGUGCUAUUACUUAUACGACCUGUAUACGGGAUAGAAAAUACUUUUAUACUCCGUUACAAUCGUCGCAGUUCAUUCAUAAAAUCAGGAAUGGACGUCGAUAAAUACAGAAUUGAACUACAGUGGCGUUGUCGUGUCUAAACUAUUCACGCCACACAUUAUAUGAAUGCAUGGAACCCUAAAGAUGAUGCCUGUUACUCACCCGGAAUCCUAAACCAGACAAUCAACAGUGUCCCCGGAAGUUACGCAAAACAUAUAUGGACCUAAACGAGCAUCGUUUUGUUAUUUUGAGGAAUACUUAAAAACAAUAAAGUAAACUAGAUUGAUUAGUACAAUCAAAGUUCUGCAACGGCCUCGCGAUUUUACGUCCAAAGCACCAUUUCCCGUUACUUAACCAGAUGUAACGUUAUCUAUCUAUUGCCUGAAGGUGCACUUGGAUUGUCGAAAUGAAACCUGUGUACUUGGUUCUCAAAUAUGAGUUAUUGGAGUUAGUAAAAUAGAGUUAUUAGCGUCAGUAAUGUAAAUAAGGACUGACUGAUUGGAAGAAGUACGGAUUGGCGGCGCCGCGUCUCAAUUCGAAGGCUGCGUCCUCAACGGAGGUCGCAUAUGAGGUUCAUAGUUUCAAACAAAGGAAGUGUUAACGUUAAAUUUCAAGGAAAAUAAGGAGAUGGACUUCACGGAAUGUUAUAAAGACACAUGCUCAGCGGUGGCGCUGGCGGCCCGAGAAGAGAACGGUCGACAGGUGCAGAGACUUAUUCAGCGAGGCUUCGCCGUGGAUGUGAGAGAUAACCGGGGCUGGAACCCCCUGCACGAGGCUGGGGCGGCUGGGUCAGCGGAUUGUGUGCGCCGCCUCCUAUCUGCUGCAGUCAACUGUGAAGACUAUGUGAACACUUUGACACAUGACUCAGAGACUCCGCUUUACUUUGCUGCAAAGAAUGGGCACCUCCGUGCAGUGAAAUGUCUUAUUAAGGCUGGUGCAGACCUUAACAGAACAACGAAUGAUCUCUCCUGUCCCCUCUUUGCCGCUGUUGAUGGUGGGCACAGAGAGGUGGUGGAGUUGCUUGUUGAAAGAGGGGCAGAAGUCAACAGGACUCACUCUGUGUCAGACUGGUCUUGUCUCCAUCAAGCUGCUUACAAGGGCCAUACUGAGAUUGUAAGGUACCUGGUGGGCGUGUGCCACCUUGAGGCAGUGGAUGAAUAUGGGAUCACACCCUUAUUUGUUGCUGCACAUUACGGACAUCACCAAUGCUUGGAGAUCCUCGGAAAUGCUGGGGCAAAUGUGAACUGCCAGUCAAAGGAUCUGGCCACCCCAUUGUUCAUCGCUGCUCAAAAGGGCCACUUAUGUUGUGUGGAGAGUUUGCUAGCCCUUGGGGCUGACCCAAACCUCUACUGCAAUGAGGACUGCUGGCAGUUACCCAUCCAUGUCGCUGCGCAGUUUGAUCACCUUAGUAUCCUCAAAAAACUGAUUCCUUUAACAAACCGAGUAUGCGACCGGGGUGAAGAAAAGGUCAGUCCAGUUUACAUGGCAGUACUUUUCAUGCACCCGGACAUCCUUCGGGCGCUGCUAAAGGAGGGCUACAGUCCAGAUGCUCAGAGGUGUCCGUUUGACUACAGCUGCCCUUUGGACAUGGCUUUGCAGUGCUACUGUAGGAGGUAUGACAUGAACCAGGGUCGAGAGAUCAAUCUGAUACUCUUGAAUGCAGGCGCCCAUGUGUGCAUGGACGUAUACACUUAUGCAUUAGAGGGCAAUGAGCACGAACAUUUACCUUUAAUCCUGGAGCACGCUGGACUACCUCAGGGUGACCGACUCGGAGAGCUGGCCCAGAGUGCCCUUUCUAAGAUGAGGACGGCCUCCUAUUGGCUCCCCCUGCUGCUGAAAGCAGGAAUGGACCCCAUGCUCCUCCUACAGGAUAAAAUGCUUAAAGAUGCUGAGUGCAGAGUGCUUAAUUUCUUUCUGGAGUUCAUUAACUGGAAGACUCUGCCCUACACAAUGCUUCGGAUUACCUCUUACCGCCGAACGAUUGGCAUGUGGAAGCCACGCAAGCAUUUCGAUUCAGUCCCUUCUUUAACCCAUCUUUGCAGACUGGCAGUGCGGGCAUCAGUGGGCAGCCUCGCUCUUUCUAAGACCUCGUUUGUACGACAGCUACACAUUCCCACACUUCUUCAGGACUACCUUCAGUUCAGCGAUGUCAGUCCUGUCUAAUUAAGUUCUCUCAGCUUGUUCUGCUGCAGUAUUUUGUACAUGAUGUUAAUAACAUUUUAAUCACCGUUCAUUGAAGUUGGACUCUGGCUCCUUUCAUUAUCUUGAUAUUUAGAAAAUGUGGGAGGACAAAUGUAGAAUCUCAGCAAUUUAUCCUGAGCGGUUAUAUUCCCGUCAUAGGCAGCUGGCCUUCAGACUGAGCUGCUGUUGAAAUUCACCUCUGCUCCGUGUCUUUGGUCUGCCUCGUUAUCUUAUUUCUCUCAGUAGCUCUCUUCUCUGUCUGCUUCCAAGGUCACGCUGCCUCAAAGAAGCAAACUCUCUGCGAAUGUUAAUUGCCAUCGCAGGCACAGUCAUUCAGAGACGCCACUAUCUGCCUUUGGUCGUGUACUUCUUCGCGUAUUUCUUUUGUGUGGUUUUUAUUUUACCUUCAGGCAUGUGCAUGGUACAGUGUGAAAACCUUGCGGUUGCAUUUAAAGUUGUGCCACACUGUGCCACUCUUAAAAGCUGACAUUGAAAAUUACACCUGCAUGCUUUAAUGCACCUAUGUUGCCUGGCAAACAUCACACAGCUUGUUAGCAUUAAACUGUUAUUGAAAAACUUGUACCACGA